CUUGCUCCGCUUUGCAUAAAGAAAUCAAGUCAGUAGCAGCUUCUGCUUCAUUUCACCUCUCUAUCAUUCAUCCCCACUCUUUUUAAUUAUGAGAGUAAAAAAAUUGGCAUAACCACCUAUAUUUCUCCAAACCCAGAUCCCUUCAACAACCCUUCACCAAAGCUGUAUAUAGCAAGAAAAUCCAAUAGAAAGAAGCAUGGCUACCGGAAAGUAUUCCAGAGUAGAUGGGAGGAAGUCAUCGAGUUACUGUUCGUUAGCUACUAUAGUUGUGUUUGUUAUUUUUUGUUUAGUUGGGAUUUGGAUGUUCAUGUCUUCAUCAAUUGUUCCAGUUAAGAAUUCAGAAUUUUUAUCUGUGGAGACCGGAAAUGAGGUGAAACAAACAUUGUCAAGAAGUGAUUCUAAGCAAUUUGAUGAUACCUCAGGUGAUCUAUCCGGGGCUGAAACAAGAGAAGAUGGCAGUGGUCUGUCUAGUAAAGAAUUGGGGAUCACUAAUGAGGAUAAUUCGUUGGACAACCUAGUGGUUGAGAGUAAUAAUGAGGAAAAGGAGUCUCAGGAUUCAGCUGAGAAAAACCAGGAAGAAAAUCAUGCAAACGAGAGUUCUGAUGAGAAAACCGAGUCAGAAAGUGGACAAAAAAUGGUGGAUGAAGAUGAUGGGAAAGAUAGGGAGACAAAUUCAAGAGACAGAGAAUCAAAUAUAGAGACUGGAGAAGCAGAGAAUGAAGGUGGUGAAAUGAAAAACAAGUUGCACACUGAAUCAGAGGAGAGCUCAGAUGAAAACGGAUCUGAGUCCGCUGAGAGCGGGAAGAACUAUGGGGUAGAUGGAACUGCAGAUAAAUUAAAACAUGUUGGCAAAGAGGCAAAUUUGACCGAGGAGAAGAAUGGUAAAAAUCAAGAUGAACAUUUGGAACUAAGUGCUGAUCACAAUAUUGUGGAAAGCAAGGAAAACAAUCAAGCUUCAAAUGAGAUUCUCCCUGCUGGUGCUCAGUCAGAAAUUUUGACUGAAACUACUACUCAAAAUGGAGCUUGGUCUACUCAAGCAGUAGAAUCCCAGAAUGAGAAGAAAUCACAACAGUCUUCUACAUCCAGUAAAAAUAAUGAUCACCAUUGGAAACUCUGUAAGUCAACUGCUGGGCCAGACUACAUACCUUGCCUAGACAAUUGGCAAGUUAUCAGAAAGCUUCCAAGCACAAUGCACUAUGAACAUCGUGAGAGACACUGUCCUGAUGAAGCUCCUACAUGUCUUGUCCCUCUGCCUGAAGGAUACAAGCGCUCGGUAAAGUGGCCUAAGAGUAGAGAUAAAAUAUGGUACUACAAUGUCCCCCACACCAAGCUUGCAGAGGUUAAGGGGCAUCAAAAUUGGGUUAAGGUUACUGGUGAAUACCUUACCUUUCCUGGUGGUGGAACUCAGUUUGUGAAUGGUGCUCUUCAUUAUAUCGAUUUUAUUCAAGAGUCUGUUCCUGAAAUUGCUUGGGGAAAAAGAACCCGUGUUGUAUUGGAUGUUGGGUGUGGGGUGGCUAGCUUUGGAGGCUAUCUUUUCGAAAGAAAUGUUCUUGCAAUGUCAUUUGCACCUAAGGAUGAGCAUGAAGCCCAAGUGCAGUUUGCACUUGAACGGGGAAUUCCUGCCAUAUUAAAUGUGAUGGGUACCAAAAGGUUACCUUUUCCUGGUUCUGUCUUUGAUCUUGUGCACUGUGCACGUUGCAGGGUACCCUGGCAUGUCGAAGGUGGCAAACUUCUGUUAGAGCUCAACCGUGUCCUGCGACCUGGUGGUUACUUUGUUUGGUCUGCUACACCAGUUUAUAGGAAGGGCCCUGAAGAUGUUGGCAUUUGGCAAGAAAUGUCUCGGCUAACAAAGUCAAUGUGCUGGGAACUGGUGGUUGUUAAAAAGGACAAGUUGAACAAUGUUGGAGCUGCAAUAUAUCGAAAGCCAACUUCCAAUGAUUGUUACAAUAAAAGAUCUAGAAAUGCACCUCCACUUUGUGAAGAAUCUGAUGACCCCAAUGCAGCCUGGGAUGUACCCCUUCAGGCCUGCAUGCACAAAGUGCCAGUAGAUUCAACAAAGCGUGGUUCCCUUUGGCCUGCACAGUGGCCGGAACGGUUGGAGAAGCCACCAUAUUGGUUGAAUUCUCAGGUUGGCGUUUAUGGUAAAGCUGCUCAGAGUGAUCUUACUGCAGACUACAGUCACUGGAAAAAAGUGGUCUCCCAGUCCUAUUUGAGUGGGAUGGGAAUCGACUGGUCUUCUGUGAGAAAUGUCAUAGAUAUGAAAGCCGUUUAUGGAGGGUUUGCUGCGGCCCUGAAAGACCUGAAAGUUUGGGUUAUGAAUGUAGUUCCAAUCGACUCUCCCGAUACACUUCCAAUAAUCUAUGAACGUGGCUUGUUCGGAAUGUAUCAUGAUUGGUGUGAGUCAUUUAAUACAUACCCUAGAACGUAUGAUGUUGUUCAUGCUGAUCAUCUCUUCUCUAGUAUCAAAAAGAGGUGCAAGUUGGUUGCAGUAAUUGCUGAAGUUGAUCGGAUUCUGAGGCCAGAAGGAAAGCUGAUCUUACGAGACAAUCUUGAAACAAUAAGCGAGGUGGAGAGCAUGGCUAAAUCACUACAAUGGGAGAUCCGAAUGAUAUAUUCCAAGGACAACGAGGGAUUGCUUUGUGUUCAUAAGACAUUUUGGCGUCCCACGGAAGAACCUAUAAAGUUUGCUAUUGUUUGAACAUGAUGCUCACAUAGCUGUAACAUUCCAUGGCCCUAGAAUAUAAUCCGAGAUGUUAUAGUUUACCGUAGAUCUAGUCAUCCUUCUGCUAAUGCAAAAUCAUACCUACUUAUGACAAUUACAAUUUUUGGCCCAAAUUUUCCAGAUUGAAUUAAAAUGCAUAAUUUCGAUA